AUGGAAGACUCGAACGAUCUUGGGCUGCCUUCGUUGCAGAAGCUGCAGUCGACUGAGCAGAUGGAACUCCUGGAUGUCGUCGAUUCUCUUCGUGCUUGCGGUCUGAGCGAGAUCGUAGAUUUACCACAAAUCAUUGUUUGCGGAGACCAGUCCAGUGGCAAAAGCUCGGUGUUGGAGGCGAUCUCAGGAAUUCCUUUUCCAAGGCAAGAAGAUUUAUGCACUCGGUUUGCCACCGAGGUUAUCCUCCGCCGAGCUGCAAAAGACGAAAUCAAAGUUUCUAUCGUGCCAGGAGAAGACAGGGCGCUGAUAGAUCGGGACCGGCUACUGCGAUUUCGCCGCGAAUUGAAGACCAAAGAUGAUUUUGGUGGCCUGUUCAAGAUAGCUGGCGAAGAAAUGGGCCUUUCGUCGAUGGGGAGACCGUUUUCGAAAGAUAUUCUGAGGGUUGAAUUCUGUGGGCCCUCCCAACCUCAACUUACGCUCGUUGAUCUUCCUGGCCUCAUUCAUACAGACCUGAGUGAUACGAUAUCGAAGACUACUGGGAAUGUGGAACUGGUUCAAAACCUCGUCUAUGGUUAUCUGAAGAGCCCUCGAAGCAUCAUAUUGGCAGUGGUGUCCGCGAAGAGCGACAUUAGCAAUCAGAUCAUUAUUCGCAACGCUCGAGAAGUCGAUCCACAAGGUCUACGGACACUUGGAAUCAUCACCAAACCAGAUCUCUUGGUGGAGAAAUCAAAGAUGGAGGAGUCAUUCAUGGCCCUCGCCAGAAAUGAAAGUGUCAAAUUCUCUCUGGGCUGGCAUGUGGUCAGGAAUCUUGAUUCGGCUAGAAACCAGAAUCAGGACGAUAGAGACAGACAGGAAACUCUCUUCUUCCAAGAAAGCAAUUUCAAUCGUCUUCCUGCUCACACAACUGGAAUCACAUUUUUACGGGCUCGCCUGAGCAAAGUCCUCUUCAGUCAGAUACGGAGAGAACUUCCACGCCUUGUUGAAGAUAUUCAGAUCCAGAUCUCAGCGGCAAAGACUGCUCGAGAUAAACUUGGACCAAGUCGAAGUAAGCCUGAGCAGCAGCAGGAGUUUCUCAUGUCGCUCAGCCAGACGUUUCAAAAUGUUUGUCGAGAUGCUGUGAGGGGUGACUAUGAGCACGAAUUUUUCCAGGGUGACGCGAAUCCCGAGAGACGACUUUGUGCGAAUGUGAUGAAUAUGCAUUUCAGCUUUGCAAACAACAUGCGAAAGAAUGGUGCUUCCUGGCUUAUUGAUGAGGAUGUCGAAGGUGACAAGUAUCGAUCACGGGAGCAGGCGAUCAAAGAAGCAUGCAUGCUGCUGAAGAGGAGUCGCGGGAGAGAGUUGCCUGGCCUACCCAAUCCACUCCUCGUCGGUGAACUUUUCCGUCAGUACAGUCGGCCAUGGGGAGACCUUGCUCGACUGCAUAUCAAGAACGUAUGGGACACGACCAACAGGUUCCUCGAGCUUCUCCUUAGACACCUCACCGAUGAAGAUGUCUGUGAGAAUCUUUUCCGAUUCUGGUUGCAUCCCAUCAUGGAGGAGAAGCUGAACUUAGCAUAUUCUAAAUUGGAUGAGCUCCUCGAAGUCCACAAAGAUUAUCCCAUGACGACAAACUACCACUUCAUGAAUACCAGCAAAAUCCCUCGGCAAGAUUCUAGCAAAAGAAAUUUGGAAGCUAUGUUGAAGGACCGUUUAGAGUCGGGGCAAGAUAUGAGUGUUGGAGAGAUUACUCGGAUGAUGUCCACUAUUUCCACAAACCCCGACUUAGAUAUGGACAUGAUGGCCGCCGAAGAAGCGUUUGUUAACAUGAAUGCGUAUUAUGAGGUUGCCAUGAAUCUAUUCACAGAUAAUGUCCCAACUCUUGUUGUACAAGCACCGAUUAUCAGAGAAGUCCCAAAGAUUUUCUGCCCGACCGCAGUAUUCUCGAUGGAUCCAGACGUCAUAAAUCGGAUUGCAGGGGAGACAGAAGAACAGAUCAUGGAAAGAGAUUCCAUCCUCCGCAGAUUGGCAACCUUGGAAAAAGGUGCUCUCAUUUGCAAGCAGUACGCAAAACGCCCACAGCUUGGUGAAUAG